CUUUGUUGAACGACGACCAACGACGACAAAACAAAGCCGAUCAUAAUCUUCGGGAUAGACUCGGGGCUUACCUUUGACUUUGAACUGUGUUUCAAAAUUUCCCACAUCUCUGGCACAAGGGCCAGUCCCAAACGAUAUGCCGCGUCAAUCUCGUUCCUUUGCAUCGUCUGCGAAUUCAUCAGAUAACGAGUCUCUGAAGGAAAAUCACGUCAACGGAUUUAACAGGGUGAAAAUGGAGAAAUUAAAGCAGCAACAAACUAAAGUGAAAGAAGAAAAUGCCAGGAGGGCUAGGGCUCGCGUCGAGGAGCAAGAACGCGGUGAUGGACUGGAUGUUGACGCCGACGCCGAUACGGAUGAGGAAGAGGAUUUUGAUAAUCAAGGCAGUGGCUCUCCCAAAGGCCGAAAGCGCGCGCGUGCAAAUACAGACGGUGACUCAAGGCCUUCUCAAUUUCAGGAUGGCACUUCCUGUGCUCCGCGCUCGGUUACGCUCCCCAGGGACCCAAAAGACAACUUUAUACCUGGUUCCAUAGUCCGCAUUCAACUCCGCAAUUUCGUGACCUACGACUAUGUUGAGUUUCGCCCUGGUCCAUACUUAAAUAUGAUCAUAGGACCUAAUGGCACGGGAAAAAGUAGCAUUGCCUGUGCCAUUGCGUUGGGGUUGAAUUUUUCACCUAAAGUCCUCGGUCGUGCCGAUGAAGUUAGUGCCUACGUUAAGAACGGUACUCCUGACGGCCAUAUCGAAAUCGAGCUCAAAACUCCUGCUGGCAAGCCCAAUCUCGUCAUCCAUCGAAAAUUGGUUGCAUAUAGCAAGUCCUCUACGUUCAUGUUGAAUGGCAAGAAUGCUACAGGAAAAGAAGUCAGUCAGCGUAUGGCUGAGUUGGGGGUCCAAGUCGGAAACCUAUGCUCUUUUCUUCCUCAAGAUAAAGUUUCUGAAUUCGCCAUGAUGACCCCUCAACAGCUGCUGAAAGAAACCCAAAAGGCAGCUGGUGACACCAAUCUUACAAGCUGGCAUGAAACCCUGAUCGAGGCUGGCAAGGAGAGUAGUUUAAUUAAGGAGAAAGUUGCAUCCGAACAGUCACAACUCACUCAAAUGAAUGCCCGUAACGCCGCUAUUGAGCAUGAUGUUGAGCGUUAUCACGAACGACGCAAGAUAGAAGACAUGAUAAAAAUACUCGAAGUCUACAUACCGUGUGCGAGUUAUAGAGAGUUGCUAGCUCGCUACCACGAAUUGAAGGUAGUCCAACGCAAGAUGCAUCAGAAAGUUCUUCGAUUGAAAGCAAAGAAUGAGCCAGCACAUGAAUUAUUGAACGUUCUCAAAUCUGAUCUCAAAGAGAGAGAACGCACCCGGGAGACGCGCAAAAGAGACACUCAAAAGCUUUUCCGCGAGAUGCAACAAAUGUACGACAGUAAUGAAAAGAUGGAGAAUCAUGCCGACACACUUCAGUCAAAGCUUGAACACCUUGUGCAGGCCGAAAGGGAUCGCCAAAGACAAAUCCGCGAUUUGGAAGGAAAGAUCCAACGAAUGGAGGCAGAGUAUAAUCAACCCUUGCCGGAUGAAGUGGUAGUGGUGUUAGAAGACAAGAAUGGAGCUAUCAAGAGACAGAAGCUGGAGCUUGUCCGUGAACGUAACGACAUACGUAGUCGCCGUGGAGAAUGUGACAGCAGGUUGAGAGAAAAAUUGGAGGAGAAGGCAGUAAUAAUGAGAAAAAUUGAGCAGGCCCAGAGAAAUCUCCACCAACUUGACUCGGCGGACCAUCAGAAGCUCCAGCGAUUGGCACAAUUUAACCAAGAUACGGCUGAUGCAGUUGUUUGGCUUAGAUCCAACAAGCAUCGCUUCAAAAAGGAUAUCAUUGAACCAGCGAUUUUGACGCUCACUGUACCCAACAUACGUUACGCACCGGCAGUGGAGAGUGUUAUGAGCGGAGAUAGGUUCAAGACUUUUGUUGCUCAAUGCCGAGAGGAUUAUGAUCUCCUUAACGAACUUGUCAACGAUCAAGGUGCGCUCGGGCGAAAGGCUUGGAUCUCGACGUGGUUUCGGGACCCUGACACUACACAACUUGUUGAACCACCAAUGACGCCAGAGGAACUUCAAACCCUGCAUUUUGAUGGUUAUCUCUCUGAUUUUGUCUCCUGUCCCCCGGGCAUGUUGUGGUUCUUAAAGAACGACAUAUCAUUACAUAGAAUUGCGGUAACUCUCAAUAACAAUAGUGUCGAUGUUAACAGAGCUACGCAAGCGGUCGCGCGCUCCGGUGGAGCAACCUUCAUUGUCGGGUCUGUCAUCAACAAUGUUUCCCGAUCUCGAUACGGUAGGAAGGCUGUAUCAAACGUGACGAGGGAGGUCAGGCCAGCAAAACUGUUGGCAAAUCAUGGUGUCGACGCUGACGCUAAACGUCGCUUUGAGUCGGAGAUUGUACAGCACAAGGUUGACGUGGCUGCGCACGAUGAAGAGAUCGGACGGUUCAAAGAAGAGGAAAGGAAGAUCGAAGCCGAAGCUAAAGAACAUGAUAAACGGGGAGCAGCUAUUCAAGAUCGCACAGACGCUGCACAGAGGGCUCGCGCGUUAAAAGAAAAGCUGAAUUUGGCCAUUGCACGAGAAAAGAUCAUGCUCAGACAGAAGCGUGCAGCGCCUUCUGCAGAUCAGGAGCGUGAAGACAUCCGCGCUGAGUUGGUCGGUGUCGCAAAAAAGAGGGUCAAAGUUGUCAAGGAUUAUUUGGCUAUUGCCAAGAAAGUCGUGGUUGAGCAGCAAGAAACAACCCGAAUUGGGCUGGAGUACCUUCAGAUAAGUGCCAAUCGUGCCUUUUUAGACGAAUUGUGCAAGAGGAAGGAUGAGAAGUAUAAUAAGGCGAUGGAGGAAUUUGCUGAAAUCGACGCGGAAUACAACGACGCGAAGAAACACUCCAAGGACGCCCUGAACGAGUCCCGUGAUGCGCUCAAUAACACUACCGAUGUAAUUCGCGAACAUUACCAUGAGGCACUGGCCAAACGCACAGAAUACGAGAAUGCACUCCAAACUGCGGAAAGCAACGGGACUUCUCCACCCUCGGCAGAAGGUGUGGAUUUACGCACGGCAGAUGACUACCGGGCGGAGCUUGAAUCGCAGGAGGCGCAGUUGGAAUUGGUGAGCAAGACACAGCCCGGUGUUAUUGAGCAGUAUGAAAAGAGGAAGAGGGAUAUUGAACAAUUGGAGAAGACCUUAGAAGAAAGGCAGCGCAAUGCUGCCAAAGUCGAACGCAGUAUCCAGCUGACCUUGGAUCACUGGAAGCCCGCUUUGGAAAAACUCAUUGGGAGCAUUGGACAAAAGUUUUCAGCUGCGUUUGACCGUAUUGGUUGCGCAGGUGAAAUCCACAUCAGUGAGAAUGAAGAUUACGACAAGUGGGCAAUUGACAUCCUUGUCAAAUUUCGUGAUGAAGAGAAGCUGCAGUUGCUUACUGGACAGAGGCAGUCCGGAGGGGAACGUUCUCUAACGACCAUUCUAUACUUAAUGAGUUUGACUGAAGAAGCCCGUGCUCCAUUCUCGUUGGUCGACGAAAUCAAUCAGGGAAUGGACCAACGCGCUGAACGCGUCGUGCAUGAUAACAUGGUCGACGUCACUUGCAAAGACGACUCGGCUCAAUACUUCCUGAUUACGCCUAAACUCCUACCUGACCUAAAAUACCACGAACGAAUGAAAAUCUUGUGCGUCAACAACGGUGAAUGGCUUCCAGAGGAGACGAAAGUAGGCAACUUGAUGAAUCUGAUCGAGGGGUUUCUCUCGACAAGGAGGAACACAACUGCGAAUGGACACUAGAUCGAUUAUUGAUCAUCCUUUAACUUCUUGUUCACUUGCUGGUGUCCCUUCGUGUUCCUCGGUCGCAAACCUUUGAUUUGUUUCCCACAGCUUAUUAUAUUUGUUAACUUAUAUUUUCGCUCAUAACUCGGACCGUACUUAUGCCUUCCUCUCUCUUCAGACCAGUAUUAUAGAUGUUUGCUACUUACCAUAACACCCCAACAAAUAGUCCAUAAACAUAUUGUAUUCGAUAAAUAUAUCCUAUU